UUCUGGAGCACCUCGAGAAGCCGUGUGAGGUUUUGUCGUGUGGGGCAGGCGAGGAGGGGCCGAACACGGGCUCCGGGCUCCGGGAGGGACUUCCCACAGCCUGAGGAGAACACACUAACUUUCAGAGGACGGGUGACCCACAUCCACACUCACAGCUAUGCAGUUUCAGGACUGGUUACGUUCCCUGCGUUUCUCCGGAGGAGACGGCAAGUCCGAAAUGGACAAUCUGAAGACGCUCCUACCGUCUCUGCCCUCGUCCUUCUCUCUGUCCUCUCUGUCUCUCUCCCCGUCCUCUAUCAUAGGCUUAGGAGCGCUAGCCUCCCUCACAACCUACUGGCUGGUGACCAGACCUCGACCGAUCCAGCCUCCCUGUGACCUACAGACCCAGUCCAUACCCGUGAAGGGAGAUCAGAGCUGCCGACGCUCAGCUUUACUGACGGAUGACAACCUGCUGGAGUUUUACUACGAGGACACCAAGACGGUGUACGACAUGUUCCAGAGAGGACUGAGGAUAGCAGGCAGCGGUCCUUGUCUGGGCUUCAGGAAACCCGGAGAGCCCUAUCAGUGGAUCUCUUACGCUGAGGUGGCAGAAAGGGCACAGGUGUUGGGAUCAGGUUUGCUGGCGAAGGGUUGCAAACCAAACCCGCAGCAGUAUGUGGGCAUCUUUGCCCAAAACAGACCAGAGUGGGUCAUUGCAGAGCUGGCCUGUUACACCUUCUCCAUGGCUCUGGUGCCUCUGUACGACACGCUGGGGUUAGAGGCCAUGGUUCACAUCCUUAACCUGGCGGAGAUCUCUAUGGUGAUCUGUGAUAAGGAGGAUAAGGCAGAAUCUCUGCUGAAGAAUAAGGAGAAGGGAGUGACUCCCACCCUGUCCUGCCUGGUGCUCUUUAACCCCUUCGGCGCCGCCCUGCUGGAGAGAGGAAGGAAGUGCGGCGUGGAGAUACUACAGCUCUCACAGAUCAUGGAUCUAGGAAGAGAAAAUUUAAAGCCACCUGUGCCUCCUAAACCUCAGGACCUGGCGGUGGUGUGUUUCACCAGUGGGACCACAGGAAAGCCUAAAGGAGCCAUGAUCACUCACGGCAACAUCGCCUCCAACACCUCCUCUGUCAUCAAGAUCCUUGAGGGCUACUUUGUGAUUCGUCAGGAGGAUGUGUCCAUUUCGUAUCUGCCGCUCGCUCACAUGUUUGAGCGCAUGAUCCAGGUGUCCAUGUUUUGUCACGGAGCAAGGGUCGGUUUUUACCAGGGUGACAUUUCUCUGCUGAUGGACGACAUAAAGACCCUGAAGCCCACCUUCUUCCCCGUGGUCCCUCGGUUACUCAAUCGCAUCUAUGAUAAAAUUCUGGGCUCGGUUACGUCUCCGCUGAAGAGAGCUCUACUUCAUUACGCUGUGAGGAGGAAACAGGCCGAGUUGAGCAGCGGAGUCGUGAGGAACAACAGCCUCUGGGACCGACUGAUCUUCAAUAAGAUACAGGCCAGUCUGGGAGGAAACCUGCGAUUCAUCCUCACUGCGUCCGCUCCGAUCUCUCCGGCUGUCCUGUCCUUCCUCAGAGCCACCCUCGGCUGUCUGAUUUUCGAGGGUUAUGGGCAGACGGAGUGCACCGCUGGAUGUACUUUUUCUAUGCCUGGGGACUGGAGUGCAGGUCACGUCGGAGCUCCUUUACCCUGCGCUAUGGUGAAGUUAACCGACAUCCCUGACAUGAACUACUACGCCAAGAACGGAGAAGGAGAGAUCUGUAUCCGGGGUCACAGCGUCUUCCGAGGGUAUCUGAAGGAUGAGGAGAGGACGGGAGAGGCGCUGGACGCUGACGGCUGGCUUCACACUGGAGACGUGGGACAGUGGCUGCCGAACGGGACCUUGCGCAUUGUGGACAGGAAGAAGCACAUCUUUAAGCUGUCCCAGGGCGAGUACAUCGCUCCCGAGAAGAUCGAGAACGUCUACACCCGCUGUGUUUCUGUUCUGCAGGUCUUCGUGCACGGAGACAGUCUGCAAUCUCAUCUGAUAGGAGUCGUCGUUCCAGACCCGGAGGUGUUUGUCGACUGGGCCAAAGAAAGAGGGAUUGUGGGAUCGUAUGAAGAGCUUUGUCAAAAUCCUGAUGUGAAGAAAGCCGUGCUGGAGGACAUGACGGCUGUGGGGAAGGAGGCAGGACUCAAGUCAUUUGAGCAGGUGAAGGACUUGUAUCUGCACCCUGAGAUGUUUAGCGUGUCAAACGGCCUCCUCACGCCGACCCUGAAGAGCAAGCGCGUGGAUCUCCGGCGAGUGUUCAGCGAGCAGAUCGCACAGAUGUACAGUAAAUCAUCCACAUAGACCCCACGCUCACUCCUUUACAAAGCCAUCUUCUCGGAAACAUUUCCACUAACUUAAAGCUCGCUACUGACAGGAAACCGUUCUCCAUAAUUUAUGAUAAAUCGCAUCGAAGUCUUCACAUCUUCGCUUCAUGAAGCGAUCUAGAUUGCGUUUUAGAUUAUUUUUAGACCACUUUAAUAGUUUGAAGUGAGGUCCCGCAGACGCUCAAUCCUAAUACCUAGUUCAGGAACAUUUAAGUUGCAAGAUUUGAGAACUUAUUUUAACGAAUAGCAUUUGAAUCAUAGCUAUUUUACAGUUUUGUAAGUUGCACCUCUAAAGAACAAUCUGUAUGAAAGCUUUGUUUCAUUUGUCGUCAGUCUGUACAUGUUUUCAACUGUAAAUGUUUGACUAAUUGCAGCCGAUAGAGAUACUGUAUUUUACUUCGUUUUAUCGACAAGAGGAAUAAAGACAAUGCCUUAC